AUGUAUUCUUUCAUGGGAUUCAACAUCGAUAUCAGUGUAACGACAUUAUUAUUUCUUCUAAGCAAUACCCCUCAUUAUCAAGUUCGAGCAGAUGCUGGUUUGAUCACAAGUGAAAACUAUGAUACCUUUAAUCUUGGAGGAUAUGGUGAUUGGCCAAAACAGCAUUAUCAUUCAUCCGAUUUGACAUCACCCCUCUUUCUCGUCAAUAAAUGGAACGAGAGUGCUAUCAGCAAUCAUUCUCAUAUUUUCAUGUCGCCUACAUUGGAUGGAGAAGAGAAAUCACCCAUGAUAUUUUCUAGCAAAGAUUUAAGUCUAGUUUACGCUGAUUCUACAUGGCAUGGUGGUUCAGAUACCAAGUUACAAUUCUACAACGGAAAGCCGUAUUUAACCUUUUGGUCUGGUAUCGACUUUCAAGGCCAUGGUUCUGGUGGAGGGGUAAUGCUGAAUAGCUCGUAUGACAAAGUCUACAAUAUCAGUGUGAAUUCAUUAGCUGGAGGUGCGGAUGGUCAUGAGUUCCAAUUGACGGAAGAUGGAGGGGCGAUGAUGAAUAACUACCAUACUACUAUUGCCGAUUGUAGACCAGUAGGCGGUCCCAAUGGUGGAAAAGUCUUGACAGGGUCAUUUCAAGAGGUUGAUAUCGAGACGGGGUGGGUACGACAUACCUGGAACGCACUUGAUCAUUUCGGUUUAAACGAAUCCUUCACAGCCUAUGUCGACGAGAAGUGGGGAUGGGAUUGGUUUCACAUGAACAGUCUACAGAAAACCCGAGAAGGGCAUUACUUGAUUUCAAGUCGUCAUUUAAGAAUGAUAGCAUAUAUCAAUGGAACCGAUGGAAGUAAAAUAUGGCAGGUUGGUGGACACAACAACGAUUUUACUGAUUUGAGUGGUGGAAACGCCACGAAUUUCGCAUUCCAACAUCAUGCAAGAUUCGUCAAUGAUGACCUGACGGAAAUUACAUUUUUUGAUAACCACAACAUGUACAUAAACUCGCCGACGCCCAAUUGCACAACGGAUUGUUCUCGGGCAUGGGCUGAGGGUGGCAUUCACGCAUUGGAUAAUGGGAAUUUCUUAGUUGGAUAUGGAGUUGUUCCUAGCUUUGCUGAAUUUACAGAGACGGGUGAAGUCGCCAUGGAAAUUCAGACCAGGCCCUGGUAUGUCGCCUCUGGUAGAGGUACGGACUUGUACCGCGUGUAUAAAUUUGAUUGGGUUGCCCAACCCUCAUGGAAGCCAGUCAUGGUUGAGGUUGGGCAAAUUUUAUAUAUAAGUUGGAAUGGAGCUACCGAGGUUGAUUCCUGGGCUUUAUACGGAGGAAGCUCUCCGACCACUAUGCAUCAUCUUCUCACUAUGCCUAAGACUGGAUUCGAAACCGGAGUGCGACCAUCCAAUUCUUCUGCUUUCUAUCAAGCCAUUGCUUUAGACAAAGAUGGGAAUGAAUUAGAUUCAACGGAAAUUCUCGAAAUGUAUCGCCUCUCUUCUCCUACACUUCUCCAUAUUCCGGAAGAGUAUUUGACAGCAAUGAGAGUUUUUCCUUUCAUUUGGGCUGCUUUAAUGUUCAUUUCAAUGGCUUUGGCACGUCCAAGUUUCUGGAUUAAAUUGCGAAAAAUAAUUGGAAGUGGAGAUAAUGAGGUGGGAGAGGGUAUGGAGAAAGAAAGUAAAUCUAAAUUACUUCCGUAG